CAACUUCUGCUGGUUGUUGAACCAAUCCAGAGUUUUUUUAUUAUAGCUCAGCGAUCUAGGGCAGAGACCACACCAACAGCGAUUAAUCUGCGUCUUGAGAAGCAGUAAGAUCGUCUCUCUAGACACCAUGGGUCGCCACUUUGGAGAUUUGGCCAAGAUCAGGCACGUGAUCACCUACAGUCUGUCCCCCUUUGAGCAGAGGGCUUUCCCCAACUACUUCUCUAAAGGAAUCCCCAACGUCUGGAGACGAUUCACAUCGUCUGUCUUCAAAGUUGCUCCACCAAUGAUCUGCAUGUACCUGACAUACACCUGGGGAAACCAUGUCCACUCAGAAGGAAAGAGGAAGGUAGCUGCCGACUACGAGAAUGAAGAGUGAAAUGAAGAGUUCCCCC